UAUAUUAGGGACGGACAGGAGGUCUGUCUGUCGUUUUUAAAUGUAGAAAGCAAGGCUGUGUUCCGUGAGCUCGACUUUUAGGCGUUUUUAAACAGCUUUUUGGUUUUAUCUGACGAUAUGGGAGACAAGCCGCUAAGAGUUCUGGUUUGUGGCGACGUGGAAGGGAAGAUAAAUGUUUUAUUUAACCGUGUGACAUCAGUUCAGAAGAAGAGCGGGCAGUUUGAUCUGUUGCUUUGUGUUGGAGAGUUUUUUGGUCCUUCCCCUGCAGACGAGGCGGAGUGGAAGGAGUACAAAUCCGGGGCGAAGAAAGCUCCCAUCCACACGUACAUUUUAGGAGCUGCGAGCCAGGAGACGGUGAAGUAUUUUCCCAGUUCAGAUGGUUGUGAACUGGCUGAAAAUAUCACAUAUCUGGGUCGCAAGGGUAUCUUCACUGGUGCCUCAGGGCUCCAGAUUGCCUAUAUCAGCGGCAGAGGUGGGCAUCAGGAGCCUGCUCCAGCUCAUUGCUUCACCCCCAAGGAUGUCACCUCCCUGGUGGCCCCACUGGUGUCCAACACUAAGUUCAAAGGUGUGGACAUCUUGCUCACCUCACAGUGGCCUCGCGGCGUCUGGCAGUACGGCAACAAUCCGGACAUCGACACAAAAUCUUGUGGAGCACCUUUGCUGGCCCAUCUGGCCGAAAGCCUGAGGCCUCGGUACCACUUCAGCGGUUUGGAGGGGACAUAUUACGAGCGACUGCCAUACAGGAACCACAUGGUCCUCCAAGAAAAUGCCCGGCAUGUCAGCAGGUUCAUUGCUUUGGCCAACGUUGGUAACCUUGCAAAGAAAAAGUACUUGUAUGCUUUCAGCAUCGUGCCUUUGAAAAACAUGGACCCCACAGAGUUGGUGAAGCAGCCACAGGAUGUGACAGAAAAUCCCUAUAGAAAAUCAGCCAGAGAGAGUCAGAAGGACAGACUUGCUGCCGUGGCCUAUGCGGAGGAGGAGCCUGCUUCCCAGUUCUUUUUUGACUUGGGGAAAAAGCCCCAUGCAGGGCAGGGUCCUGGGAGGAAGAGGCAUUCAGACGGUGAUAGACCCAUCCAACACAAGCAGCCCCGCAAACCCCCUCAGCCCACUGGACCCUGCUGGUUCUGCCUGGCAAGCCCAGAGGUGGAGAAGCACCUGGUGGUCAGCAUUGGAACUCAUUGCUACGUGGCCCUGGCCAAGGGCGGCCUGACGGUUGACCAUGUUCUGGUGCUACCUGUUGGACACUACCAGUCUGUGGUGGACCUGGGUACAGAGGUAGUGGCUGAGAUGGAGAGGUACAAGGGUGCCGUCAAGGAGUUCUACAGGAGCCGCGGCUGCCGCUGCGUCAUCUUUGAGAGGAACUACCGCAGCCAGCACCUGCAGCUACAGGUGGUACCAGUGCCCCUUGACAAGUGCACAACCGAGGACAUUAAGGAAGCAUUUGUGGUCCAGGCUCAAGAGCAGCAGAUAGAAUUACUAGAGAUCCCAGAGCACACGGAUCUCAAACAGAUUGCCCAGCCUGGGACGCCAUACUUCUACGUGGAGCUGGACACGGGAGAGAAACUCUUUCAUCGGAUCAAGAAGAAUUUCCCACUGCAGUUUGGAAGGGAGGUGCUUGCCAGUGAGGCGGUGCUAAACACACCAACCCGCGCUGAUUGGAGGGAGUGCAAGAGCACACGGGAGGAGGAGGAGGCCCAGGCCCUGAGCUUCCGACAAGCCUUCAGCCCUUUUGACUUCUCCCUGCUAGAAUGAUGGCCGCAGGUUCCUUGUCCACUGGCCUUGAGGACUGACUCUGUGCGUGCGUGCGUGCACGUACUCUUGCUCCACUGACAGCCCCAGGCCAUGUUGCAGGCCCUCCUGCCUCGAGGUGUUGAGUGUGCAUUUUCCCAAGAUCAAUGAUCAUGGGUCAUAAGUGAAAGCAGGUGAUUUUGUAGAGAUCCUGCCAAUCUAACUUUCCAUUCUACCAGCCUUGCGUUGUCAUCCGCCAGUCACAUCCCUACUUUCUAAUGUUUGUAUAUUACAGAUGAAAAAGAACUUGGUGUUUUCUUUUACAAUGAGUGGCUGAUUAAAAUAA